UGCAGUAUGAACGUCUCUCGCUAGGUAGCUAUUGCUGUAGAAUGCAGCCAGAUAGCGGUUCCAAACGGACUCGCUUUUGUGAUGCAGCUAGCGGAAUCCGUGAGAGUUUUAUAUCUAGAAAAUAUAGGCUAGUGCUGGACCAAUGGCUCCAAUGGGAAUCCGGCUGUCUCCUCUCGGGGUGGUAGUGUUUUGUUUACUGGGGGUCGGUGUGAUCUACCAUCUUUACGCCGGCGUUAUAUCCAGCAGAAUCGCGGCGCUGCGGCAGCACCGGACGGUGGAUCUGCGGGAGCUGCUCGCCCUGUCCGUGGAGGCUGCGCUCCAAGGCGGCCGAGAAGUGAGACGGGUUCGAGAGGAGAACGUUUUUGAGAAGUCCAAAGGGAAAGCUAAGGAUGGCGCAAACGAAAGGCUCACAAUGGCAAAUCUGUGCUCUCAUAAAAAGAUGUACCAUCUAAUUAAAAACACGUUUCCCUAUUUGCAGGUGAACGCGGAGCAGCACCCCAGAGUCGGGGCGGAGGAGACGGGCGCCUGGAGCCGCGUGAUCCCCGCCGACCUGCAGCCAAUCGGUGAGGGCAGAGCGGUGGCGGCCGAUGACAUCACGGUGUGGAUCGACCCUCUGGACGCCGCGCACGAGUACUCCGAGAACCUUCAGAAGUACGUCACCACGAUGGUCUGCGUUGCUGUGAAUGGCAUUCCGAUUAUAGGGGUGAUCCAUAAGCCUUUUACUGAUUACACUGCGUGGGCGCUGGUGGGCUCGGGAGCGAACGUGCGGGCGCGCUCCUCGUACAGCGCCCGGUCGCCGCGGGUGAUCGUGUCCCGCUCCCACGAGGGGAGGGCCACGCGCUUCAUCCAGACCGCCCUGGGGAACCACACCCAGGUGCACUCAGCCGGGGGGGCAGGCUACAAGGUGCUGGCGCUGUUGGACCCCCCGGUGGAGCAGCAGGAGAGGGCAGACGUGUACCUGCACAUCACCUACAUCCAGAAGCGGGACGUCUGCGCGGGAAACGCCAUUCUGAGGGCGCUGGGUGGUCACAUGACCUCCCUGAAGGGCGAGCAGAUCGACUACAGCCACAGCGCCGGGGCGGCCAAUCACGGAGGGGUGCUGGCCAGCGUGGGCCUGGAUCACCUCGCCCUAUUGGCCAAGCUCCAGAGCGCAGACAGCCGGAGGGAGAGAUGAAGAUAAACCAACCAUUAGAGAGAGAGAGGGUGAGA